AUUUUACAUCGCCCAACGCACAAGUCCAUCAUCGACAACACCGCGACGCCCCGCCGCCGUCGCUGACUUGGAAAGGAUGGAUUGGUACGAGUCUUCGGGUGCACAUGUGCUUGCAGCCCGAAGUACCGUCACGUAUCACGAAUUGUGCACACGGGCGACCUCUCCAGGCGCAGUCUUGGAGGCGGACUCUCGUCAGAUCGACCUGGACGUCCCUCGCACCGGCGUGUCCUUGUAUCGGUUUGUUUUGCACGAAGACGUGAACGAAGACGUCGAUUUGGACCUGUGUCCACUCGCUCCCCACUUUGACGCACUCAAGCGGAUCCUGCUUGCAUAUUCGCUUCGGAACAUGCGUGUGGGGUAUGUUCAAGGUCACGCCGACGUGGUAAGCUUCCUCAUGGGCCUCACCUCGUCAACUGCAGACGACAAAGCUGGACAAUACGACGACGAGCAAGUGUUUUGGAUCUACGCCGUCUUGAUGGAGCGCAUCUUUCCGUCGGACUUCUUCGCCCGCAUGCCGAAACUGCAAGGGUUCCACGUCGACAUGGACGUGUUUGCGCGGUUGAUUCAAUCCAAGGUCCCUGCGCUGGCGUCCGUGCUUGCACCGGACGACCUGCAUGUCCUUUCUUCGCUCCUCGCGUCCAAGUGGUUCAUGACGGUAUGGGUGGGGGAAAUCCCACUUCCUGCGUUGACUGGAUAUUGGCACUACAUGCUUGUGGGCAACGUUGAAACGAGUUCCGUCGCGCACUUUAUCAUGGCGCUGAGUCUCUUGGAACUGGCCACCGACGCCAUUCUGGCUUCCGUCCGCGAGAACGACGGCGACGCGAGUUUUGGGUACAAAGUCGCGCUCGAACAUGCGGCCCACGUCGAUGCCGACACGAUUUCGUCGCUUCUUCGGUUCAACAAGUACAUGCUCACGGACGCGGUUGUCGAAAGCAUGCGCGCGGACGUUCGAUCGAACCCGCACUUCAUCGAGCAAGAAGUGUGCGCGUUGCACGGCAUCACGCACUUUGAUCGGUCGCAGCUGGAGCACCUGCAAGUGGAGUUUCAGUUCCUCGUCGCGACCUCCCACCACCCAUCGUCGUCCUCGUCCACCACGGCAACUACUACUACUUUAGCGAUGGGUCCAACGUCCGUCGCUCGUCGAAGCCAGACGAUUGCGGCCGAUGGCAUCAACAAGGACGUGUUGCGCCAAAUCCUCGUUCGCGUGAUUCCCGAGUGGUCGCAUGCAAGCGCCGACCAGUUGUUCCGCGUGCUGCAGCCAGAUGCCCGCGGCAACAUUGACUUUCAACGACUUAUGCUGGCGCUGUCCGUGUUGUGUCGAGGCAGUACAGAAGAAAAGAUGCGGCUGUGCUUUGACUUGUACGAUGUCGACAAGAGCGGGUACCUGUGCGUGGAGAAGAUGAUCAACAUGGCUGCGUCGUUGUGUGAAAUCUACCAGAACAAAGUCGCCCCCGUCCCGUUGGUUGUGCUUGCGCCGCCAAAUGCGCCGGCGCCGCGCCGCGCGUCCGCGUCGGCCCAUGGCGUGAAUCAGGGCGGGGAAAGCGAUGCCCCCGCCAGUGGACCGACGAGGCGCAAGGGUCGGUCGUGCAGUUCUGACGCAACGCACCGCUGGAACUCGCCGUCGUUUGGAUCGCUCUGUGAUGGUGUUGACCACAGGCACGACGGCGAUCCCGACGAGUACGAGGCGUCAUUGCUGGACCGGUACGGCAUGCUCAAGAGAUGGCACGAGUAGUUAGUUGGUCGUAUGUAUGUGAUUAGGUUUGAUCGGGUGUUGCCCGUGGCGUUUCUGCACAAGUUGCUGCGCAUGGACGUGGACGGAGACCACAAGCUGUCGUUCAAAGAAUGGUCGCAGGGCGCGAGGACAGAGCCCCUCAUCCUACGAUGCUUUGAAGACGACGUGACUAGUGUGCAGGACCCGCUGUUGGCCCCGUCGGCGCAUCGACAUCGCCGGUCGUCCCGGGGUAGCGACAUGCACCACCGGCGGCCGCGGCGACGCAGCAACAGCUCCGACUGCCUGCCGCUGCGGUCCACUCCGCCAUCGCCCUCGGACAACUUGGCGUUGUUGUCGUCGACGCCGUCCAAGCGAAAAGACGGCGGCCGCAUCUCUCUCCUGUCGCCGACUUGUGAGUUUCACCAGUUUUCCAGCGCCAUUCAACGGGCAUCCCAGCAGCCUGUCGACAAGUCGGCCACGGAAUCGCGACCAUCGCCGCCUCCCGCCUCGCCCCAGACGCCGCCUACCAAACGAUCCAUGUGCGAAGGCUGUGUGAUCUUGUGAUAACGCGUGGUGGUAGUAGUCCAUCAGUCAUCGUAUUUAAUUAAUCCAAGGAGUCCUUGCGCUUGCGUUUGCUCUUGGUCGAUCCACCGCCGGUUGAAUUGGUCAAGCAGUGCUGGCGUUGAUACGCAACCAAGUUCUGGACAAGUCCCGCCUGCCGCCGUGCGGUGAGCAUGACGUCUUCGGGGGAGAUGGUCCGGCGGUUUGCGUGGUGGGCAAAAUGCUGGAGGUCGUGGGCCACGAGCUCGAGCUGUUUCAUCGCAACCUCGGUCAACACUUGCAAGGCGUCCGGAGAUAGCGUUGGUCGCAAGGACCUACUGGUGCUCGAGGACGCAUAUUCCGCACUGACACUGUCCCGCGUUGCUACUUCUUCGCAGAUGGAACUCACGGCAAACAACAUCGCUCGGCGUUCUUCCAUGAUUGCGCCGUUAGUUCAAUCUUACUUGGCUUUCCAAAG